AUUAUCCAGCCCAUUAUCAUAUUUCCAAGCGUUUCCAUCAUUUCUUCUCCGAAGGCUGCGGCUCGCGAUGAACUCCACUUGAAGGAUUUUUGUAGCUGCUGAGCCAAAUCUGUGAGGUAGACAGAAUCUCGAGUCCCUUGUCUCUUGGAAAAGAUAUACAAAGUUUCUCUCACCUCCUCAUCAAAUUGAGUCAGCAAGGGUGAUGAAUGUGCUACUCUCACCUUGUCUACCAACUGCAGGCCUGUGCCAGACAUCAAACUCCACCUAUUGGCAAGAAACUCCAGUGCCAUAUCAUCAAAACUGGCAUAGAUCAAUGCAGGUCCCUUUCCAACAAUCUCAUAAACAUGUAUGGCAAAUGUGGCCUCAUUCGAGAUGCCCUUAACUUGUUCAACCAGCUGCCCCAUAGAGACCCAAUUUCAUGGGCCUCAAUUCUCACAGCCAACAACCAAGCUAACCUCCCCCACUUGACACUUUCCAUGUUUCCUGCCAUGUUCAAACAAGACGGUUUGCAACCUGAUCAUUAUGUCUUUGCUUGCCUUGUUAAGGCCUGUGCGAUCUUGGGUGCAAUUAAGCAAGGCAAGCAAGUUCAUGCAAGCUUUAUUGUGUCACCAGUUUCUGAUGACGAUGUUGUAAAAUCAUCCCUUGUUGAUAUGUAUGCAAAAUGCGGCUUGCCUGAUAUUGGUCGUGUGGUUUUUGAUUCAAUUUCUUCAAAGAAUUCAAUUUCUUGGACCGCUAUGAUUUCAGGAUAUGCUCAAAGUGGCCGAAAAUUGGAUGCUAUUCAGCUAUUCCAGAAAAUGCCAGUGAAGAAUUUACUUUCUUGGACAGCAUUGAUAUCUGGGCUGGUACAAAGUGGGAACUGGGUUGAUUCGUUUUAUUUAUUUAUGGAAAUGCGAAGCAAAGGGAUUGAUAUAGUAGACCCAUUUAUUCUUUCAAGCAUCAUUGGAGCUUCUGCUAAUUUAGCAGUACUGGGACUUGGGAAGCAGAUUCAUUGCCUAGUUAUACUUCUUGGUUAUGAAUCUAGCUUGUUUGUUAGUAAUGCACUUGUGGAUAUGUAUGCUAAAUGUAGUGAUGUUUUAGCUGCCAAAAAGAUUUUUGGUCGAAUGGUUCAAAGAGAUGUAGUUUCUUGGACUUCAAUAAUAGUUGGGACCGCUCAACAUGGGCUAGCUGAGGAAGCAUUGUCCUUAUAUAAUCAGAUGCUUUCAACUGGACUAAAGCCUAAUGAAGUGACAUUUGUUGGAUUAAUUUAUGCCUGUAGCCAUGUAGGAUUAGUUAGCAAAGGUCGAUACUUUUUCAACUCCAUGAUUAAAGAUUAUGGAAUCAAUCCUUCCCUUCAACAUUACACAUGCUUAUUGGAUCUUCUUAGUCGCUCAGGGCAUCUUGAAGAGGCUGAGAAUCUCAUUAAGGCAAUGCCAUUCAAGCCUGAUGAAGCUACCUGGGCUGCUUUGCUAAGUGCUUGUAAUCACCACAGGAAUACCCUUAUAGGAAUUAGGGUUGCUGAUCAUCUACUAAGCUUAAAACCUGAAGAUCCUUCAACCUACAUACUGCUAUCUAAUAUUUAUGCUAGUGCUGCUAUGUGGGAAAGCGUAUCAAAGGUGAGAAGGUUGAUGGCAGCUAUGGAAGUUAAAAAAGAACCUGGUUAUAGUUGCAUUGUCUUGGGAAAGGAGAGUCAAGUGUUCUUGGCUGGGGAGACCUCUCAUCCUGCGAAGGAUGAAAUUUUUGGUUUGCUCAAAGAAUUGGAUGCAGAGAUGAAGAGAAGAGGUUAUAUUCCUGAUACAAGUUCUGUUUUACAUGACUUGGAGCAGCAAGAGAAGGAAAGGCAGCUUUUUUGGCAUAGUGAGAGGUUAGCUGUGGCUUAUGGGCUGCUCAAGGGUAUUCCUGGGAUGGUUCUACAUAUAGUGAAAAAUCUUCGGGUUUGUGGAGAUUGUCAUACUGUUUUAAAGUUCAUUAGCAUUAUUGUGAAAAGGGAAAUUGUUGUCCGAGAUGCCAACAGAUACCAUCAUUUUAAGGAUGGGAAAUGUUCAUGUAACAACUUUUGGUGAUUACAUGUGAUUCUGGUUACAUAUGUAUCAACCUUAUACUGACAGUAGAUUCAAAUUGACAAAGCUUCAUAACUAGUCUCUACCUAUAUUAUGGCUUUUAGAUAAUUAUGUCACAUUUCAGAUUUAGCAUUUGAAUAUUUCACACUUGAUGUAUCCAUCCAUUCAUUCAACUUUUUGAGGAACAAGAGAGAAACCAGAAAAUAAUGAUAGGGAAAGUGCAAGGACAAGAUGGAAUUUGUGUUAAGACAUCCAUCCCUCUCCUCACACCAUACAAGAUGGGCAAGUUUCAUCUCUCUUAUAGGGUUGUGCUGGUGCCAUUAACUAGACAGGGAUCUUGGAACAAUGUUCCUUGGCCUCAUACCAUCUUAUAUCACUCUCAGAGAAACUCUAAGGGGAGUCGUCUCAUAACUGAAGCAAUUGGAGCUUCCUAUACUGCUUGAGGAUAUCCACGUCUACAUGAACAAAAGAGCGAGUUGAAGCCUGAAAGCCCAUUAUGGAUGCUGUUCAGGCUAAGGGCAUUAUCUUUAUUUUUCAGAUUUGGCAUGUGAGAAGAGCUGCAAAUGGAGAUUUCCAGCAAAAUGAGCCAGCUCCUAUGUCUUCUAUACACAAGGCAUUGGCCCCACAAAUCUGAAGUAAUGGCCUUGGUGUUGCCCAGUUCUCGCCUCCAAGGCAGCUAACAACACAAAGUCCCUCUAGUUGUCAAUGGUUUUAAACUUGCUGCUGGGAUCGUUUAGGCAGGGGACUCCAUGUUGAAUCCUUUAAAACAGCUGGUUCAGCCAAGAAUAAUAAAAGCUGGAGAAGCAUUUGAAUGUCUCCAUAACCUUGUGCCCAUGAGGAAGGGCUUUCAGUGGCAGACAUUCAUGGCUGCUGGGGGUUAUGUUAAAGAAAUCGGAAAAAAGCAGCGGCUGAGGACCAUGAAGAUCUUCUGCCAUUUGGAUGUUAGAGAUUUGCGCUCAGUGCUCCUCUCAACAAGCACAACAGAGACACAUUCUACAUAUGUAAACCUGUCAUCUGUUAGUAGAUUUCCAGAGGUGGAAUUGGAAAAUGAAUUGUUUUGUUCAUUGUUAUAAGAACCCUAAAUCCAUUGUUAGAACCCCUUUUUCCCUUCCUAUGGUUUUCAUGGUAUUGCAUGAGUGUUAAAAAGAAAUAUAGUGUGAAAAACAAACCUUAUCCAA